AAGCAGCCAAGUGGACACACUAAAAAAUUAACUCGUAGGUCUAUAAAUAAACAACCCAUAAGAGCAUCAAAUUCACUCUCAACAUCUCAUCGGUGCCUCUAAAAUAGAAAAAUUGAGAGCUUUCCAGUUGUAGAAUACCCUCAUUUUUCUGGGAUUUCCUUCCUUUUUUUCUCUGUUGUUGUUCUUUCCUUCAAAUUAUUCAUUCUUUUAUUGUAAACAAAAUCAGAUCCUAAUUCUUUUAAUCGACUCAAUAGCAAAAAUGUUUAUUGAAAAUUUUAAGGUUGAAAGCCCAAAUGUUACCUACACUGAUGAUGAAAUUCAUUCAGUUUAUGACUAUCAAACAACCGAAUUGGUUCACGAGAACCGUAAAGGUUGUGGGUAUCAAUGGAUCGUCAAACCCAAAACUGUCAAAUAUGAGUUUAAAACUGACACCCAGGUCCCUAAACUUGGGGUGAUGUUGGUAGGAUGGGGUGGAAACAAUGGAUCUACCCUUACUGGCGGUGUCAUUGCCAACCGCGAGGGGAUUUCAUGGGCGACAAAGGACAAAGUCCAACAAGCCAACUAUUUUGGAUCCUUGACUCAGGCUUCCUCAAUCCGUGUUGGUUCUUUCAAUGGAGAAGAAAUUUAUGCUCCUUUCAAGAGCCUCAUUCCCAUGGUGAAUCCAGAUGACAUAGUGUUUGGAGGGUGGGAUAUAAGUGACAUGAACUUGGCAGAUGCAAUGACCAGGGCUAAAGUGUUGGACAUUGAUUUGCAAAAGCAGCUGAGGCCCUACAUGGAGCACAUGAUUCCCCUUCCUGGUAUAUAUGACCCUGAUUUUAUUGCAGCUAAUCAAGAUUCUCGUGCCAAUAACAUCAUUAAGGGCACUAAGAAGGAGCAAAUUGAGCAAGUCAUUAAGGACAUGAGGGAGUUUAAGGAGAAGAACAAAGUGGACAAGGUAGUGGUGCUCUGGACCGCAAACACAGAGCGCUAUAGUGAUGUAGUGGUGGGGCUGAAUGACACAAUGGAGAACCUGAUGGCAGCUGUUGAGAGGAACGAGUCUGAAAUUUCACCAUCGACUUUGUAUGCGAUUGCUUGUGCCCUCGAAAACGUGCCUUUCAUCAAUGGUAGUCCUCAGAACACAUUUGUUCCCGGACUCAUUGAACUCGCCAUUAAGCACAACAGUUUGAUUGGAGGAGAUGACUUCAAGAGUGGUCAGACUAAGAUGAAAUCCGUUCUUGUUGACUUCCUUGUUGGUGCCGGUAUCAAGCCAACUUCCAUAGUAAGCUACAAUCAUUUGGGAAACAAUGACGGCAUGAACCUUUCAGCACCUCAGACCUUCAGAUCUAAAGAGAUAUCAAAGAGUAAUGUGGUUGAUGACAUGGUUGCUAGCAAUGGUAUCUUGUAUGAGCCUGGUGAACACCCUGAUCACGUUGUCGUUAUCAAGUAUGUUCCAUAUGUGGGAGACAGUAAGAGAGCCAUGGAUGAGUACACAUCCGAGAUAUUCAUGGGUGGCAAGAGCACAAUUGUGUUGCAUAACACCUGCGAGGAUUCUUUAUUGGCUGCUCCAAUCAUCCUCGACUUAGUCCUCCUCGCUGAGCUUAGCUCUCGUAUCCAACUCAAGGCUGAGACAGAGGACAAGUUCCAUUCUUUCCAUCCAGUGGCAACUAUUCUCAGCUACCUUACAAAAGCACCUCUGGUUCCCCCAGGCACUCCAGUGGUGAAUGCACUCUCAAAGCAGAGGGCAAUGUUAGAGAACAUAAUGAGGGCAUGUGUAGGAUUGGCUCCCGAGAACAACAUGAUCCUCGAGUACAAGUAGAGCGUGUGUAGGCACCAUAGCAGCAGCCGCAACAAUUUAAAGGCUGUGAGUAUAAAAGAGAUGUUGAUCUGAAAGCUUAGAAACAGUGCAUGUGUAGUUGCGAGUUCGUUUGUGACUGGAAUGGCAACCCAUUAACCGACUUUUAGCUGUUGCCAAUUUCAUUUUCAAUUCUUCAUGUUUUCUUUAUGUUUUUCAGGUUCAUAAACUUUUGUUUUUCUGGUGUUUGUAAUGUAUAUUUGUUGGUGUAAUUAUCAAAUUUUCAUCUAUCCCUGAA